UGUUGAUAAAGCGGGGUGACGUCAGCACCUGCGCAGCCGCAGCUGGUGAAGAGAAGAUGGUGCUGAUUAAGGAAUAUCGUGUGGUCUUACCCUGCUCCGUGGAAGAGUAUCAAGUUGGGCAGCUCUUCUCGGUGGCAGAAGCGAGUAAAAAUGAGACGGGUGGCGGUGAGGGCAUCGAGGUCCUGAAGAACGAACCCUACGAGAAGGAAGGCGAGAAGGGCCAGUACACACACAAAAUAUACCACUUAAAGAGUAAAGUUCCUGGAUUUGUAAAGAUGAUCGCACCAGAGGGGGCCUUGGUGUUCCAUGAAAAGGCGUGGAAUGCAUAUCCUUAUUGCAGAACAAUUGUGACGAACGAAUAUAUGAAAGAUGACUUCUUUAUUAAGAUUGAAACAUGGCACAAACCUGACAUGGGGGCCCUAGACAAUGUUCAUGAACUGGAUGCCGACACGUGGAAAAGUGUGGAGAUAGUACCCAUUGACAUUGCAGAUAGAAGUCAGGUAGACCCUGGGGAUUACAAAGCUGACGAGGACCCGGCCUUAUUUCAAUCCAUCAAGACUGGCAGAGGACCCCUGGGGCCUAACUGGAAGAAGGAGCUCGUCGCUAACCCAGACUGCCCCCGCAUGUGCGCCUACAAACUGGUGACCGUCAAGUUCAAGUGGUGGGGACUGCAGAACAAAAUAGAGAACUUCAUUCACAAACAAGAGAAGAGGAUUUUCACUAACUUCCAUCGUCAGCUCUUCUGCUGGAUCGACCGAUGGGUGGAGCUGACAAUGGAGGAUAUCCGGAGGAUGGAGGACGAGACACAGAAAGAGUUGGAGGAGAUGCGUAUGAGGGGUUCUGUGCGAGGCACGUCGGCAGCGGAUUGAUUAGCAGAUCCCUCUGUAGGUUCAGAGGCAGGCUGUCUUCGUAAACAAGGUCAAGUCCGGGGCACCAGUGCUGCGAACGACGAAUGAGUCAAUACAAUACAUCACCACCACCAUCAAACAGCCACAUCCAAUUCCUAGCAGCAUUUCCGUUUUCUCACCUGACCGGGGUUUCUUACAGCUGGUCGGCAGUACUGUACCUGACCUCUGCAAGACUGCAAAACAGCUACUGACAAAAUGAAAAUUAGACCUUUGCUGGGCGAAAAAGAAAGAUUUGCAUAUUACAAAAAGAAGAAAAACGUAUACCAGUACUCGGGGCUGCAUUUUAAAAAUGGCUACAAGAAAAAAUAAGUCCCGGUUUACACGUUUGUAAUUGUACACUAUUUUCCAAACAAGGCACCGGUCUGAUUUCAUCUUUGGCAGGUUUUGGACCAAUUUUCUUUUUCUGUCUGAGGUUUUAUUUUGUGUUAAGUCUGCUGUAUUGGCUGGUGUCAGUUUUUCCAUAGUUUUUCUUUCCGUAAAGAAAUAUAUAUAUAUAAUUCUUCCCUCUACAUUCUCACCCCUAUUCUGGCUGCCCAGGACCCCCUCUGAAUCUGUUUUCUUUGAAAUACUAUAUUUUGAUUUUAGAACACUUUAUUUUUAAAAAAAAAAAGGUUUCCCCUUUCUUCUGCUUGCUGCUUUUUGAGGCAUUCCGCCUACCGGAUGGACGCGAAGUGCAUGCGUGCUGGAGAUGGUAGAUGAUAUGGCUGUCCUGUACCCCUUCAGAUCUCUCCUCUUGCUCUGCAGCAGGACAGAGGCGAGGAGGCUGGGGCAGCGACCACUCUUCAGCAGUUCUGAGCGUGCGUGGCCAUUGGGGGGGGGUCCUCUAACAGAUCGCAGAUGCCUCACGGGUCUCGCCUUUUAAUUUCUCUAAAACGGGGGGGCGCCUGCGCUCCGAUUUCCCCUUCUAAACAAAGCUGGAAUUUAUUGCAAGCCCUGACCUUCUCAAGCAUGCUUCAAACCUGGUUUUCCAUGAGGUCUCUCAAGGAGGCAUAGCUAAAUUAAAUUUGAAAAAAAAAUUGCAUAAGAAUUUGUUUCUGUUGGCAACUUCAGGCAUUUUUUUUGCCCCCUCUGCGUUUAAAGUUCAUUACAGUUACAUUUUACAUAUUUAUUAGGGCACAAAUUCAGAGUUUCCACAUUUUUUGAUAAAGACCCCCUAGCUCUGCAAGGCGAAGGAGAUAUGCCUUCUGACAGCUGUAGCCUUGCAGUGCAGGCUGCUGCUUCCUGCAGGCUGUCUUCACGGUCUGAGCAGCAUGUAAAUUCCACAUUGUCUUAUCUGCCUCCUGCCUACCUGUUGCUUUUAAAUGGGAUGCUAUGCAAUUCAUCUACAGCAGCACAUCGAUGUUCAACUAUUAUGAAGGAGUAAAUCCUAUCUUAACCCAAUCCCUUUUUUACUUGUAUAACAGGAGGGCAGGGUCUGUAUACUGUUACCUCACUAUCAGAACAGAGCUUCUGUCAGUUUAUUAAGGCACACUAAUAAAGAAAGCUAUAUGUUCUACAGCAAUCAAGACCAGUGUGUCUGAAAUCUUUUUCACUUUUGCCCUUCAUUAGGUUUCACAGACUUUUAGCUGUUCUUUACCUAAAUGGUCACCUUUCAGUCAAGUGGAUUGACAGCCAUACUGCUUCGUCUGCUUGCCUGUUUUUGUGUUCUAUAUUUUAAAGGAAUUAAGUUUGACAGUGAAAUGGUCAGGAGCUAUUGAUUACAAAAGUCAUUCUUAUUGUCUGCUGGUUCUGGUAAAGAACUGGCAUUCAGCCUAAGAUUACCAUGUUUUACAUAAUGUUUCUCUGGAUUAUCAAACACACAAAGCUGGCUAGUCGAGUAAUAAAGGGAUUUAUACAAGAAUGUCUGUGUGUAUAUUCCAGCAUUUUAGAUUAAGUGCCGUUUCCUCAGUUAACUUUUUGUUAGUGAUGUGGUAGUGCUUUGGAGAGAUCAUGAUGAGUUAAAACCGAAAAUGUUUGGAGUUUUAUACUAAAUUAUUGUGACAUUUUCUCAGUAAACAGCUGAGUUACUAAGGGGCAAAACAAGCCUACCAAAAAAAAAUCAGUACCCAGAAUUUAACAUUUUCAGUUUUUUCUGAAUCUUGGACCAUCUCUUUCAUAUUAAAUCAUCUCGGUUUUGUGCAUAGAAAUGUUCAAAAACAUGCUGCCUUUCUGUUGUGUGGCUGCUCCGAUACAUUUUCAAUCACUCAUCCAUGUAUCUCCGUAUCUGGGUAUUUGGUGGAGCUAUCAACAGUGAGAGGACAGUGUCACCAUUUUUAAAACUAUAUAGAGAAAUCUUGUAGAUUUGAGGGACUUCGGUCUGAUCCACGUCAGAACCUUGUAUGAUGGCAUUAGUCCCAAGAAGAAUAUAUUUGCAUUUAUUGUGCUCACUGACAAAGUGGAGUUUACUUUCUGUACAGCAGCAUUAUUAUUGAAAGGUUGGGGGGGGGCAGGAGGGGUGUAAGAAUGAAAAAUGUACAGUAUAAUCAUGAUUAAACAAACUUUACUUGCAAAAUUGACUACUGUUAAUUUUUCUGAAAGAUGGAUACUUUUAAAUGUCUCUUAUUUUCUGAUCAUCUGUUAAAAAUUCAGGGGAAAUUGUAGUGAAUGUAAAAGGUUAUACUUUUUUGUUCUUUUGGCAGCUUAUGAGCUGCAAAAGAUCUAGACAAUGGAACUAAGCUGAAUAUCUAAUAAAUUUCAACACAAAGUAUGCAUGG